AUGUCUUCGUCGCCCGAAGAUAUCGCGGCCCUGGCCGGCCAGGCCAAGACCGUUGCGCCCGCUGGCGACCGCCAGCCGUCGUUCUUCCUCUCGCUUGCCCCUGCCACGUCCAGCUCGUACCCGCAGCGCAAGGCGUCGGCCCCCGAGACGGAUGCUGCCCCGGUUGCUGCCACAGUCGCUGCACCCACGGAGUCUGCGGCUGCCGUGGUCGAUGCUAAGCAGCGCCGCAGCUCGAGCCUGAGCAGCUCGGGCAGCAACUCGACAUCGACGGGCGUUCGGAUCCUCAAGUUGGGUCCUGUUCACUGGGGCGAGCAUCUCGACGAGAGCAAGCACGACUGGCACGAGGUUGUCUUUGAGUAA